GCGGGCACGUUCCCCAUUGGUCGAGCGCUGCGGGGCGCGGCGGCGGCGGGGGCGCUGAUUGGCGGCCGGGCGCGCAGGGGCCCGGUGCUCGAUCAGCAUGGCGGCGCCGGCGCGGCGGAGCGUCGUGUUCGUGACAGGCAACGCCAAGAAACUGGAGGAGGUCACGCAGAUCCUCGGGGACUCUUCUCCCUACACGCUGGUGGCGAAGAAAAUUGACCUGCCCGAGUACCAGGGGGAGCCAGACGAGAUCUCGGUGCAGAAGUGCCGCGAAGCCGCCCGGCAGGUCACUCGCUCCUUCCCCUUUCCCGGCGGGAUGGGCGUGGAGGGACCCAAGGUUCAGGGACCUGUUAUAGUAGAGGACACCUGCUUGUGCUUCAAUGCCCUGGGGGGGCUCCCAGGACCCUACAUAAAAUGGUUCCUGGAGAAACUCAAGCCAGAAGGGCUGUACAAGCUGCUGGCUGGCUUUGAGGACAAGUCUGCCUACGCGCUCUGCACCUUCGCCUUCAGCAGCGGCAACCCCGAGGAGCCCGUGAGGCUCUUCAAAGGCCAGACCCACGGAGUGAUAGUAGAGCCCAGGGGCCCUCGGGAUUUUGGCUGGGAUCCCUGCUUUCAGCCAAAUGGCUACAACCAGACCUACGCUGAAAUGCCCAAGGUAGUGAAGAACUCCAUCUCACACCGGUACAGGGCACUGAGCGAGCUCUCAGCCUUCUUUCUUCAGAGCGACUCGUCAGAACCCCGCCCCGCUCCCAGCUAGCGCCGAGGGAGCUCGCACAGCCACACAGGAUUCCCGGGGUUGGGAAGGAUCUCUGGAGAUCCCCGUGUCCGAGCCCUGCCCAGGCAGGAGGGAGUGCAUGUCACACUCAGCGCCGCAGCCUCCCUCUGCUGCGGGCUGCUAUUAAAGCUGCUCCUUUGGAACCCA